AUGCAUGGAAUAACUCAUUUUCUCCACAAAUACCAGUCAAGGGAAUCUACAGCUUCUAUAGCGAAGGACGACAGUUGGUGUUCUACACUAAGCUCAAUAGACUCUCAUUCAUCUGUCAAUAAUGAGACUUCAUCAAAGGCAAUUCCUAUCAAUCGACGAGGUUGUUGUGCACAUAGAAGUUUCCGCGGUAGUCCAAUGGAUACGACACCUAGUCCUCGAGAUAGACAUCCGUAUUCUUCUAUUUAUUUUCGAGAUGUUACAGAGGGACACGGGUCACCAUCCCCCCUUCAUUACCACCCGCAUAGUUUCGACCCCAAAACGAGACGAACCGAUGAGGAACGAUACCAGACAACUACAAACGCCUACCACGCACCUCGACAAGAUUAUCGUUAUUUCAUGUCGCCUCUUUAUAAUGAAGUCAUGGAUGAUAUUCAAGAGAAUGAAUAUAGUAAAUGUGAGAAAUAUGGCGAAAUAAGUAACACAAAAUUGUCUCAUACACCUUUUAAAACUCGCUUUGAUAAUAAAAGUUUCGCCCAGAAGUUGACAGAGAGUGUAAAUAUUUGCAAAGAUCAGUCUUCUCCCACGGAAAGAAGAGGCUCGGGAUCUAGUGCAAGCGGGAAUAGGCACAAACACCAUUCGAUACAGGAGAUAAUUCGAACGUUUAGUAAGAAAGUGGGGCACUGGCGUCACGAAUCAGGUGAAGGUCGUCGAGGGUCAUGCGCUGUUCCCGCUACAAACACUGACCGAACGAAUCCCAAAGAGGAAUUUCGUUCACGUUCAAAGUCAUUAGAUGGCGAUCACAUAAAUAAGGGCUUGCGGAGAUCCGUACUUGAGGAUUGCGAAGCGACGUACCAAAUAUUUGAAACAAUACUAAAAGAAGGGGCUUAUCUACGUCGAGCGGCGUCGCAAGAGGCGGAGAAGCGUCGCUCUUCCCUUGGAAACGUUCCCACCGCACGUCAUCGCGCCUCUGAUGCUUUUCUUGAUCCCCAUCAUGCAGCCAUAUUGUUUCGGGAUUCAAGGGGGUUGCCGGUUGCUGACCCGUUCUUGGAAAAAGUCAGCCUGUCUGACUUAGAGGAAGAUGAGUCGCAGAUAUUUGUGAAAUUCUUUAAGUUCCACAAAUGCUACGAUCUGAUCCCGACGUCCGCUAAACUGGUGGUCUUCGACACUCAGCUGCUCGUGAAGAAGGCCUUCUUUGCUCUGGUUUACAACGGUGUUCGGGCUGCACCGCUAUGGGAUUCUCAGAGGCAAAAAUUCGUGGGAAUGCUCACGAUCACGGACUUCAUAAAGAUCUUGCAGAUGUACUACACCAGCCCCAACGUGACCAUGGAUGAGCUCGAGGAACAUCGUCUGGAGACGUGGCGACAGGUGCUGAAAGGGUCAGUGAUGCCGCUGGUCUCCAUCGGACCCGACUCGUCCUUGUUUGACGCGAUCAAGAUGCUUAUCACGAAUCGCAUCCACAGGUUGCCGGUGAUUGACCCCGAAACCGGCAACGUACUUUAUAUACUCACGCACAAAAGGAUACUACGAUUUCUAUUUUUAUAUAUAAACGAACUACCAAAGCCGUCAUACCUGCAAUGCAAGCUUCGUGAUCUUCGCAUCGGGACGUUGAAAGAUAUAGAAACGGCUACAGAGGAUACUUCGAUCAUCGAGGCGCUAAGAAAGUUCGUCAACAGACGAGUGUCCGCUUUGCCUCUUAUCGACACCGAGGGUCGUCUUAAGGAUAUUUAUGCCAAAUUUGACGUCAUAAAUUUGGCCGCAGAGAAGACUUACAAUAACUUGGACGUCUCACUGAAGAAAGCGAACGAACAUCGUAACGAGUGGUUCGAAGGAGUGCAGAAGUGCAACCUCGACGAAACUCUAUACGAGGUCAUGGAGAGGAUCGUACGCGCUGAGGUGCAUCGUUUAGUAGUCGUGGACGAGGAAGACAAAGUGACGGGUAUCAUAUCUCUCUCGGACUUGUUGAUGUAUCUCGUUCUCCGUCCAACGGGUGAUUGUGAGGGCGCCAGUCUCAGAAACGAACACGGCCCUAUCGAAGAAAAAGAUGAAACACAGUACCAAGAGGACAAAGAUAACGAUUUGUCGAAAGGAACGUCAAAAGACGAGGCAGGAUGCCAGUAGAUAAGAAAUCGGCGAACAAAAACUUGUAAUUGCAGCAAAAUUUAUUAAAAGUAAAAGAAAUGAUAUCAGAAGGUAACUUUGAAACGAGUUUUAUCUUAAAUAUUUCAUCAGUAAUUUUCCCGCCAUUCCACCUACGAUAAUAUUGAUAAGAAAAUUCGGUAGAUGUUUGUUUAUUUUAUUUAAAUAUAAACGAGCUUAAAGUUAUGGUUACAUGAUUACUAAUGAAAUCAAAAAUAGACUUGGUUCGAAAGCAAUUAAUUUGGCUCUAAUCCUUAACUGAGGACCCUCAGAAAUUUAAUUCGGAGAUAACAACUUUUGAAUAUACCUUCUGUAUUAUGAGACUUUACAUAGUUUCAUGUAUUUAUUUACUGCUUCAUUCCUGUUGCUGUAGCCUAAUGCCUUGUAGCUCAUUUAUUGCAAGCAAGAAGCUCUUUUAGUAUGUGACUUGGUUUCUCUUGCGUCUGUUAUUUUUUCUCUAUUCUCACGCAUAUUCUUUGUACUUGUAACUUCAUGAACAGACAUACUAACGGGAAAAAAGUAAGCGUAAUCUUUUGAUUAGUUUCUUAAAAUAAUCAUAUUUCUUCGUUACACAUUUAAAAAAAAAAAAAUAUUUUAUAUAAUUAUAUAAAAUUAAAAAAAAAAUCACAUCCCUUUAGUUGUGUAAGAGUUUAGUGUUUAGUUGUAUAUUUAUGGUAUACAAGUAUAUUGCAGUUACAGGUUUGUUCGCCAGUUUCUAAUGAUGUGAUCUAGAGAACGUACGUAUAACGUAUAGGUAGGUUUGAUAAGUGUAUGAGCGUGGCUCUGUUCACGGACGGUUGUGAUUAUAACGAAAAUACUGUCAUUAACACGUUUCAUUAUUUUAAAUGCAAAUUCAGUGGGUAGUUUAUUCUGUCUGACGUUCUUACUGUUCUAAAUAUAGUUUAUUUAAAGAUAUAUUUCUAUACCUUCAAUUCAACGUUCUGAAGAUUCGCAAACGAUGUAAUCUGAUUAUAUUUAUAAAGCUGAUUUGAAUACAUUUUUAUUCACCACGUGUGAUGGUUAUUCAAAUCCCACAUUAGCUUUUAUGUAUGAUCAUUAUAAAAUAAGUUACUACUACAACUUUAAUUAUAAUACUAUUUUUAAUAUUUUAGACGACUUGUAUAUUUUGUGGAACACCUGUCCGAUUUCUGUAGUUAAUUUUUCUAACUUCGAACCUUUAUUAUUAAUUUAUUAUAACGUUUUAUAGUUUUAAAUUUUGUACAGAAAGUCGCAGUUUUGAGUACAUUUUAGAAUGUAGGAGUAUAUUCUGCGAUUUUUUAUAAAUAUAAAUUUGGUAUAAUAUAUGAGAAUUUGAUUGAUUACCGUUUUAUGAAAUUACAAAGUGAUUAAGAGGUUUACACUAAAUGUUCAAACCUGAAUUAGAAAUUGUCAAUCGAAUUCUCUGAAUAUGAUAAAAUUAAAUUCACAUAUUAACGCGUAGAUUUAAGAUGUAUUACAUUGCAAAGUUCGUAGGAACAAUAAAUUUAUCACUCGAUAUGCUCCAAACAUAAGAUGUAUGUUUGCUGGUCAUUGGAUUACAAAUUAAUUCCAUAAGAGUAAAGUAAUGUAAAAUAAAAAGAACAAACAAAUUAAUUUUGUGAAAUCAAAGUUUUACUCAUCUUUUAUUCUAACGACGUUCGGACGUGUUUAUGAAACUAGAUUAAGCUAUAAGUUUUUUUUUUAUAUACACGAACGAUCGUCAAUGACCUUAUACAAAAAGCAAAAAAAAAAAUUGUAACUGUCAUUUGUUUCUGUUUUUAAAUAUUUAACCGAGAUUGAUUUGUUCCUCUUUUACCAAACGAAAAAAUAUUCGCAUGUUAUUAUGGAGCUGGCGUGCGCUGCAAGUAUUAUGAAAUGUGUUAUUAAUUUAUGCGUAGUUUAGUGACUAGUAAUAACUUUUAUAAAUAUUUAUAAUAAAUGUUGUAUUAAUGAAGUAAAUUAACACCGUAAUGUUACUCUGUAAGACCAUGAAGUCGACUAAUCUGAAACAAUAUGAUGUGUAAAACGUAUAUCAAUUACAAAUAUAUCUUGUCCUCUUGGUGUUAAUUUGUGUGAAAAAAAUAUGGCGCACAUUAUAGAUAUUAUAAAGUUUGAAUAAAUCAUGGUUCCAUUCCAUUUUAGUUUUAAUUAAUUUUUCAAGGUUCAGAAAUAAAAUCCAAUAUAAUUUAUUAAACAUUCUAUUAUAGUUUGAUAAACUUACGUUUAAGUCGUUUAUAUAUAUCACAAAAAUGAGUUCCGAACCAUAGCAGCUUAGAUUUUAUACAAACAUUCUUCAUUGGUCCAAAAUCACUUUGGUUAAAUUUGUAUCAACAUAAGUAAUAUUGAUCACGUAAAUAAAUAAUUCUAACCUUCGAAGCUAUAUCCAUUCCUAAUCAACCCGACUUUAUAUAUUAAGAUAAUUUAGUAGUCAAACAAUAUAUAAAAUCUAAAUUCAUAUUUUAUACAACUAAAAAAGAAAAAAAGAAACAAAUUGGGGCAUAAUUACUAAAUACAAAUUUAGCGUUCCUUACAACUAUGUUACCCAAUACCUUACAUCGUAGUACUUGUAAACACACCCACAAAGAGGAAAAAGUUGGCAAAUCGACACAUUUUAGUGUUUGACAAAUCGAAUUAACUUUCUACUUCGUUACUUCAGAGAUAACCUACAGACAAAAACUCUGCUGAAAAUACCGCUGUCUUUUAGUUGAAAGUUUCUUAAAUUUUAAACAUGUCAAGCUUUCUUUACUCCCAUAUUUUUAUUCUUCACACAUAACCGCUGCAGUGAUUCGGAACAAAAGAACAGCGAUAGCAGUAAUGAGACAGCGCGACGGUUGCACUGACAAUAGGUUAGCAUGAAUAGUGACUUAGUCUAAAACAUUUACCAUUAUUAUUCUAAAACAGUUGGACUCUUCGGUAAUAGGAAGCAUUUUUCAAACUAACUGUCUUAAGUUUUAGAUAAAAACCGUUUAAAACAAUAAAAUUUGAGUUUAAUUGAUAUGACGCUUAAAUCCACGAUAAUUAUUAAAUAUAUGAUAUUACAAAGUAUUUUUUCAACUAUUCGACAAUCAAAUAUUGUAAUUUUAUAAAAUAUUACGGAAUAGUCCAAUCUGCUACACUUAAUUAUAGUACGACGUCAAUAAAAAUGGCCGCUAAUAUUUAUGUACGACAAUACAAAUAGAAAAAAAAUAGAGUUAACAUAGUAUCAUAGUCAUCACUAUGUCUCUAUUACUAAAAUUUAAAAUUAGGUUUAUGCUGUAUGUCGUAAAUAUAUGUAACCUCUGUAAAACAAUAUCAGUACAACGUAAAUAAAUAUUUGUUUACAUA